CAAUGUUUUCAUAUCAUUUUCUUCAUUGUGUCGUACAAAGCCAGUGGGAAUUUUUGUGUGAUUUUUGUUCAUGUCAGUGUCCAAAAUACGAUCCCUACGAGAGGGGGUUUUUCACGAAAGCCGGAAGAAAGCAAUGGCACAGAAUAGGACUUCGGACAACGUCGUUAUGCCGGACAUUACCGAAGUAUCCGAAGACGAUCCUCUGGCGACGGACACCGAGCGCGAAUCCGAUCGUACUGAUGGCGGUACUGUUUUGGCAAGUGAAAUUAAAACUGCUCGCCUUUCUAGUGAUUCAAAUGGUGUGAUUACUGUGCCAGUUUCUUUGCCAGUCGGUACACUUAUAACAGGAACGACAUUUAACGUAAUUACGUCCGAUCAGCUGCCUCAUUUCAAGCCUAUGAUAUGUGUGGACAACGGUUUCAUUUCUGGCGGUCCUGUCAGCGAAGAUAUAAAAGCGACACAUAUUGUCAUACAAAAUUCGCCACCGCCGCCGAGUCGGGAGCAAUCGAACGAGGACGCUAGUUCUAGUUCUACACCACCAUCGCGAGCAGCUAAUACUCGUACAUGGACGGAAACAGCGUUGAUGCCAGUUCUACCAGUGCGCUGCAAAAAUACAUCAGCUGAGCUACACAAACAUAGGUUUGGAUCUGGAGGUCGCGGACGAUGUAUCAAAUAUGGUAUGAAGUGGCUAACGCCAAGUGAAUUCGAAGCAAUGUGUGGCCGCGCGUCUAGUAAAGAUUGGAAGAGGUCAAUAAGGUUUGGUGGAAGGAGUAUACAAGCUUUAAUUGACGAAGGUAUUUUGGCACCUCAUGCAACAAGUUGCACCUGUGGAGCCUGCUGUGAUGACCAAUCAGCAAUGGGACCCGUACGCCUUUUUACUCCAUAUAAAAGAAAAAGGAGAAAUCAAGAACAGGAAGAGAAGAAAAAACCAAAGCGUGAAAGUGUUCUUGCAGAGAGUGAUGUAGACAGUAUCCACCAGACAAGCAAUAACAGUCACUCUAAAGAAGCAUGGCAGACUAUUACAGAUGGCUUGGAAUCUAGUAAUGAAUACCAUAUUAUGGAAAAUCCUGAAACAAAACCUGAUCCAACAUUAAAUAGCGAAAAGAAUUUACCUGCAAGAAAUGACAUGCUUCGCGAUCAAGCGGCUAGCCAAACGUUACAAGCAGGUUUGCCAGAUUUAAGUACAGUUCUUAAACGUUUAGAAGACAUUGGUCAGUCACUAGUCAGGGUUGCAAGUGAAUUAAAACAAUGUGUAGAAGAUGUUAGAAUUAUUAGUACUAGACAAUUGGAGAGAAUGGAACAAGAGAGGACAUCAGCAAUUUUGGGUACUGGAGUAGAAACUGAGGUUGACGUUGAACAGGUGACUCUCCAUAAUGUUGAAGACACUGUAUCUAAAAAGUGCGCGAAUUGUAACCGUGAAGCAUCAGCAGAGUGUUCAUUGUGUAGGCGUACGCCUUACUGUUCGACUUAUUGUCAGAAGAAGGAUUGGUCUUCACAUCAAAUUGAGUGUCUUCGAUCAGUGCCUAUACACACUGACAGUACUCAACAUCAAUCAAUUAUGUUUAUUGUUGAAAGUCAGCAUCAAUAGCAGAGACUGUCCUGAACCUAAAGCAGCAGUUACCCAAAGGAAUAAUUUAGUAUGCUAGACCAAAGUGUAAUAUAAUGUUCCCUAAAGUUAAUUUUGUUGUCAUAGUAUUAGAUUUAAUUUUAUA